CACCAGGGUGCAGAAUUCAGUAGAUGAGCCCUAUGACACGUCUGUCCGUAGAUGAUAUCGGCAGCAAUGACUUUCUUGCUUCUCAACGGUCCGCAUUCUCAAGGCAGAUCUUCAUCUACGACUGUACAAUGGUGACUGUUCGCGGAGUUAUCAGAGGAUAGCCAUGUGUUCAUGAUUCAUUGAUCGUCUUGAAAAGCGCUCUCAGAUUUCCUUGUGCCUGUCCCAGAACCGUAUUCUGAACAUCUUCAAAUUCAAAGCAUUUUAUUACGGAGGAUUGAAUACGAUUUGGUGAUCAUUAUUGCCCAUCGCAAUUGUCUACACAAGCUGCAAACAAGAUAUUCUAAAACAGAAAGAUAGUGAUAGAUAUGGCGGCACAGGUCGACGAUGAAGCUCUGUCAGAGGCCAGAAAAGGGUUGGUGGUUAUUUUUAUCAUAGGAAUUCUUGCAUCCAAUAUUUUCCUGCUGUUCAAGUUCCUCCGUAAAGGGCGGUUACUCCAGAGUCAACGUAAAUUCCUAGUUAUGACCCUCGCUGGGGGUGACAUUUUCUUGGCUUUGUUUUCUUUGGUUAUCUUAGCUCGUUUUUCCUUUAAAGAAAGAUUCUAUAUAUCAUGUAAAACAACAACUGUUUCUUCCAUGUAUUCAGAAUCUUUCCUCCCGUUUGUGUAUGGAGUUGGUAUAAUUGUCCUCUGUGGGGAACUCGGUUUCCGGAAAAAACUUCGCUCUUUGAUUUCCAGUCCUUACGUAUCGUCCUUACUGGUGGCUGCGAUACCUUGGAUUGCUGGACUCAUCUUUAUCGUGCCCUUAUAUUUGGAUGGAUAUGAUGAUCUGAAGUGUUCGUAUGGUGGUUCCAUGACAUUUGACCGGGUAAGAGCUAUUUAUGUCGUUAGCAUUGUCUUGCCAUCUGCCUUGGCUGUCAUCUUCGCUCUCAUGACCAGCUGUAAGAACGUUAAGACCAUGUCUGAGUAUUACAACACUUCCCAACUUCAAGGUACAGUAGUUAGUCAGACAGUGGUGACGUAUAACGCUCAAGGAUACCCACAACAGCAGUACUAUCCAGGACCCCCACAACAACAGUACUAUCCAGGACCCCCACAACAGCAGUACUAUCCAGGACCCCCACAACAACAGUACUAUCCAGGAUCCCCACAACAGCAAAACCAACCCAUGCCACCACCAGCAACAGCACAACAGCCAUACUACCCCGCCUCUCAGCCACCGGCUUACGUAAGUGGUCCACAUGACCCUGGUCUCAAACAACCCGCCUACCCUCCACAACCGAUGCCCCCUUCACAAGCUGUGAUCCAAACACCAGUGAGCUCGACACAAGCAGCCUCAGAUCAACAACUGUCGGCGGCAGUCAGGAAUGAGCAAAGCACCCUGGUCGUAGUUGCUGUUCUAUACGCUGUUUUGACAUUGCCGUAUGCCCUCUUCCAACUUGGCUACACCCUGAACAAUGACCAUAUCGUCCUAGAUCCAAUUCCUAGGACAGCAUUGUCCCAGUUAUUUUUAUGGAUGUUUUAUCUCCGCUCCAUCGUGACCCCUAUUGUUUGGAUAACCAGGGAGAAAACUUUUGCUUGAAAAGAAAGCAAAAACAUAAUUACUCGAUUGUCAGUCGCAGUGGCAUAGUUAGAAAGCAAACUAUCUAAUAGAACGUAGUACAUUUUUUAUUCAGCAGAGUGCCCUGAAGACGGAGCGAGGUGCUCCGUCCGAAAAAAAAAUGACUUGACCAAACCCUAAUAUGUCACUUUUUAUUGCGUUACAUCUCAAUAAUGAAAAACACAAGUGCCAAUUCCGUCGUUCCAGCUGGGAGCUAAGUGAAUACAUGUAGCUAGCUUUACUCCCGUUGUACGAGUAGGUCGCCGUCAUUUUCAAAACAAUUUACAUUACUGGCCACGGACUAGGUAUGUCGCACCAAGGAGACUCAGUUCGAUUCCCCAGCGAGGAGAAAAGUUUUAUCGAGUAUCUCGGUGUUUCUGUUGGGAUGUUAUACAUGUGUAUCCCUUUCAGCCGCAGACAGGGUCGAAAUAAUCCGCCUUCGAAAUCAUCUAAAUUGUAUUGAUUAAAAAAAACUUUUUUGGGGGGAGGGGAUGAGGGGGCACUUUUAUACUUUUUUUUUACGGACUAAGUCAUUCCGAAACCAAAAAAACUUUUUCAACCUUGUGUCAACACUCCAGAAUGAGAAGAAAUUUGCUACAAACAAGACUGCUAAAGAACUGAUCUGGUAUCCACUCAGACUCUCGCGUCUCUAUCCUCUCGUCUCUAUCCUCUCGUUUUGGCAACUUUCAGAAACAACUGCACCAAGGCGACUGACCUUCACAUUGGCGAAUACCAUAUUAUAUCUCGGGAUAUUUGUCGAGACAGGGACGAGGAGGAGUAGCUUUGCGGACACAAACGAGUUUGUGAGCCAGUGAGCGAAAGAAAAAAAAUAAGAGUGAAGUAAACGUAAGGGUGAAGAAAAGAA